CAAAUUGACAAUCAACUAAUUGUCAAUCAUCUCGCUUUUUAACUGUUUACGUUUUUGACUAAUUUUAUUUAUUGAAAAUUAAUUCUCCUAAUUGUGUUGAAGAAGAAAAUUUCACACGGUUGAAUUGUCUUUAAUUUAGUGAUGUUUAAUUGGAUAUUUUGUUUUUUCGUAUUUUAAAUUGUAAGUCAGCAAUCUUGUUGUUAAUUAUGGAUUAAUUUGAUUGUGAUUGUGAUAAUUUGUGUGAUAAUUGAUUAACAUAAUGCCAAGAGAAUCUUCAUCUUCAUCUUCAUUUAGAAGAAACGAAAAAGAUUCUCAUCGAAGUAAAUCAAUUGGAUCUACUUUUCGUUAUGAGGAUCACCGGUCAGCUUUAAAUCGUAUGUUUUUUGGCCCUAAGGAGAAAAUCUCAGUAGGAACAAAAGAAUACAAUGAUUUCUGGAUAUUCUUAACAAAAUAUUUACAAUCAUUAGAAUCUGGUAAAAACCAUGGUAACAAUUCAGCAAUAAUUGAAUCAAUGAAGUCAACUAUUAAAGCCGAUUGGAUGGACAUUGAUUACUUAAUGACCUGUAAAGGUUCAUUGUUUAAAGAUGACGAAUACUAUUGUACCAAUUCAUUGACGAGUGAAAGAGUAACUAAAUUUCGAGAUAUAAUUUUACUUUAUCUUAAUUUUCUGGAGAAAAAGCGAAUCAAAACAAUGGAAAAGCUUCAACAAGACAAAGAAAAUCUUCCAAUCUUCCAAUAUAAACAAAACAUUCUCGACACUCUCAAGACCCAUUCAGUUAUUCUGGUAGCAGGUGACACUGGUUGUGGUAAAUCAACUCAAGUGCCUCAGUAUCUCCUCGAAGCGGGUUACACCAAUAUCGCCUGUACACAACCUCGACGAAUCGCUUGUAUCUCUUUAUGUAAGAGAGUGACCUUUGAGACAGCCGAUGCUUUUGGUUCUUUGAUCGGUUACCAGAUAAGAUUUGAACGGCAUCGAACUCAAGAUACACGAAUAUUGUUCAUCACGGAAGGUUUAAUGCUUCGUCAGGUCACUGCUGAUCCUCUUUUAUCGACUUACAAUGUGAUCAUUUUAGACGAAGUUCAUGAGCGACACUUGACCAUUGACUUUCUUCUCGGUCUAAUGAAAUGUCUUUUGAUUCAACGACCCAACGAUCUCAAAGUAAUUCUAAUGUCAGCAACCAUUAAUGUUGAUCUUUUUUCCAAUUAUUUUGGUAACUGUCCUGUUAUUCAAGUUCCAGGUCGUUUAUAUCCAAUUCAAUUAUAUUAUCAACCAGUUUCCAGUGACUCAUAUAAACGGGGUAAUCGUAUCAACCCUGAACCGUACUUGAGACUUUUAAAAAUGAUUGAUGAUAAGUACCCGUCCUCUGAACGAGGUGAUGUCCUAAUCUUUUUAAGUGGCCUUACAGACAUUCAAACUAUCGCAGACCAUUGUAAACCUUACGCAGGUGAGUCGCGUCGUUGGAUAAUAUUACCACUUCAUUCAAGCCUCUCCUUGGAAGAGCAAGAUCGCAUCUUUGACCUGGCCCCGGAGGGAGUUCGCAAAGUGAUUCUAUCAACCAACAUUGCCGAAACCUCAGUGACCAUUGAUGGAAUCAGAUUUGUAAUUGAUUCAGGUAAGGUCAAGGAAAUGUCCUACGAUUCAACUAUUCGUAUGGCUCGACUUAAAGAGUUUUGGAUUAGCAAAGCUUCAGCCGAACAGAGGAAAGGUCGAGCUGGACGAACAGGUCCAGGAGUUUGUUAUCGUCUUUACGGUCCAGUUUCUUUCGACGAGAUGUCCUCAUAUUCAACGUCAGAGAUAAACCGAGUUCCAAUUGACUCGCUGUUAUUACGAAUGAUUGAAAUGGGACUUCCGGAUGUGCGAAAAUUUCCUUUCAUCGAAUCUCCAAGUGACCAAUCAAUCGAUCAAGCAUUGACAAGUUUACUAGAAAACGGAGCUUUAACUAGAAAGCCGAUGACAAAUGAUAAUCAACCGGACAAUGAAGAUGGACACGGUGAUUUCUGUAUCACUCCAAUGGGUCGGAUGUUAGCUAAACUUCCGGUUGACAUUGUGAUUGGAAAAAUGCUUAUUUUAGGGUCAACAUUUAAUCUUAUUGAGCCAAUAAUCUCAAUGGGAGCAUGUCUUUCAGUCCAAUCACCGUUAACCGCUAAAGGUUAUUCUCACAUUGAUUGUAUUGAAGCUCGACGAGGACUGGACACAACUGAAGGUGACCCAUUCCUAUUACUACGAGCUUACAAUAAAUGGUUAACCAUUAAAAGUUCAGGUUCAGAGGACUCGAGAAAAUGGUGUAAACGAAGAGGAUUUGAAGAGCAGCGUUUUUAUGAGAUAACUAAAUUACGGAAACAAUUUCGAGAUGUGAUCAAAGAAUCGGGACUUUAUUUCAUUCACAGAGGGAAAAUGAUAAUUCCCUCUAGAAAUCGUAGGAGUCAGGGUGAUAAAAGACGAAGCAAUGAACUUGGGCCAGGUACAUCAACAGAGAGAAUUCGAAGACACGGUGAAUUGCGACAUUUAAUGACCUUAAAAAGACAAAUUGAAUCGAAAGGUCCAAAGAAACGGAAAAUUUUAAAAGUAAACUUUGAUUGGGAAGCAGAAGAAGAAGAAGAUGAAGACAAUGAACUAACUGACGAUUACGAUUUGAAGGAAAUCGACUUCCGAUUAUCUUACAAUGAUCGACAAAUUAAGCUUUUGAAAAAUUCAUCUGAAAUUUUCAAAGGAAAAGAUAUGAACCUGAUGAAGAUGAUAAUUACGAGUGGACUGUAUCCCCAAUUAGCUAUUCCUGAUCAACAUAACUCGUAUAAAAAAGACUCCGAUCAAUUAUUUCAUACAAAGGCAAAACCAUUUGUGGUCCUUCAUCCUAAUAGUGUCUACGCUUUGGAUCCUGAUUUGUUACAAUUAAAUGAUAAAAGAGCAACAAUUAAGGAAAAAGGAAUCCAAAGUAAUCAACAUUACCUAUUGGCUUAUCUUUUACUACUUGAAACAACUAAACCUUAUUUAGUUAAUUGUCUCAAAGUGCCCGCAGUUCAUUCAAUGUUAUUAUUUGCCACUUCGAUUGACACUAAUUACAAUUUUACAAGGCUUGUACUCGACAAAUGGAUUGAAAUACGUUUAGAUGAUAAUCACAAUUUACCGAAAAAAUUUAUAUCAACUGCUAUUCAAGUUCGUGAUUUAUGGUUAAAUCUUUUGACAAAAGUUUUCCAGGAAUCAUUGGAUCGAGAUGGGACUGAUGAAGAUAAUGUUGAUGAUGAGGAUCAUCAUCAUCACUCUGGUGGUGGUAAAGAGUUAAGUCCUGAGGUGAUAAAAAUGAAAGAUGAAUUAAAUACUCUUAUUGAUUAUUUUCUAACAAUUGAGAUUCCGUUUACAAUUAAGAGACUUUUACAAGCUGAUAUUGAUAAAUUAUACAUUGGCUGUGAUUCUAAUCAACUUAUAGAUGAUGAUGGUAAUGAAAAUCACAAUCAAAUUAAAACAUUGGAUGAGAAACAAUCAGCUGAUAAAAUCAAUCCAUUGAAAGAGAUUAAAAAUAUUAACCUUAAUCCUUUAGAUGAGAUUAUAUCAACACCCAUAGUUGAUAAAUACUCAACAGAUCCAGUUAAAGGAGGUAUCAAAGUUAAUCACUAUUUAACAUACAAUUGUUUAUCGGAUGUUGAUGUUUCCAAAGAUAAGUUCAUUAAGAAACCAUGGAAAUGUUCAAAUUGUGAUAUGGAAAUGAUUACAUCUAAAUUAGAGGAGAUUCGUCAUCGGGAGAAAUGUUUCCUUUCAUCUAUAACCAAACCAACCACAGCCUCAGGGCAAAAUGAUGCUGCUUGUGAUAAUUUAUCAUCAAAUGAACCAUCAUCAUCAUCAUCAUCAUUUAAGUUACCUGAGGAUCCGAUGGCAAAAAAGUAUGAAUGUAAAUUGUGCCAGGAAACAUUUUACUUAACACCAACCGGAAUUGUGAAGCAUAUUAGAAGUCACCAUCAUAAUAAAGUUGAUCAAGUUGAAGAGGUAAAAAGCAAAACAAUUAAGAUUGAACAAUCAACUUGAUUGUUUACUAUACAAUAAACAUUGACUAUGGUAAAAUAAUUAGAUUCAAGUUGAUACUUUGAUGAUGAUUAUCAAUCCAAUGGAAUCAACUAAAAACUCAAGCCAAUGAUGAUGAUGAAUAGGAAGACAUCUCAAGAGACCCUUUAUAUUAACAAGUUGAUCUUGAUCAUCAUCGACAAGUUUAUAAUAUGAAUUUGAUGAUAAUAAUAUCGUUAAUAGCGAUUCAUUGUUGUCGAUAUACAUAUUAAUUUGUAAUAUGUACAAGGCCAUAUGUCGAUACUUUCAUUUUCAUGUACUUGUUAAAUUGUUGUCUAAAUUGUGGUUUACAACUACAACCAAAAUUGGGAAGAAGAAGAUGAUGAUGAGUGAGUGACAAAAGAUUUUCCCUCCAUGGGGCCUGUUAACCACUAAAAUGGACCACUGCUGUUGUUUUUCCACCUUCACCUUUACCUUUACCCCUUGGAAGUGGAAGGAAACACCCCAUAGACGAUAGUAAAGUGCAUCUUUGUCAAGAGGAAGAGGAAGAAGAUGAGGAUGACGAGGAGAGAGUGAGGGUGGUUUUUGUUGAUUACCUCCCGUGAAUCCAGUGGGACAAAGACAAGCGGAGAUGAUAAAUCAACAUGAUGUUACCAUUAUGAUUACAUGAAGAUCGAGGGGGAGACUCUUAAUUCAGUUUAACGGCCAAUAAACUUGGUUUUAAAUUUCCUAAAUUAAUUGUUGUUUUUAUAUCCUUUCAAUCAACCAUAACAAGUUAAUCAUCUUCUUAUCCCUCUCCAAACUGAUUGUAAACAAUAUUAUCCAUAACAAUUAACUUUAUUCAAUGUUGAUUACGAAUAAUCAAUUUUCAAGAAAUUUAAUCUCUUCCAACAUAUUAACAUCAAUAUCUUACAUCUGUUAUUAUAACAAUACUAUUAAAUCACUUCAACAAUUAA